AUGAGGUUUUGGCUCGAUAUAUCAAUACCGUAUUUUUCUUUACUACCCAACUUCCAAUCAGAUGGACAACAACAAGCUGUAGAACUAACUGACCCCUCAAUUGACAGAAGUAUAGUUCAAAAUCAAAUAUCAUGUCCUGUGAGCCCUCUGACAUGUGAGAACAAGACUACUAUUCCUGACCAAUGUUGUUUCGAAUACCCUGGCGGUAUAUUUCUUCAAUCACAAUUUUGGAAUUAUAAACCCCGUAAGAGGGGGAUGAAUGAGACCCAGCUGAUUGAACAACUAGGUCCAUUGGACUCAUUCACUGUGCAUGGAUUAUGGCCAGAUGAUUGUUUUGGAUCAUAUGAACAGUUUUGUGAUUCUAAAUUGUUUAUUGAUGAUGUUUAUCAUUUAUUGAAAGGGUUUGGAGCGGGGGAAGGUCAGAAAUUGUUAAAUAAAUUGGAACUAUUGUGGAAGAGUAAUAAUGGUGAUCAUGAAAGUUUGUGGAUUCAUGAGUUUAAUAAGCAUGGGAGUUGUAUUCGAAAUAUUAGACCCGAAUGUUAUGAACGAUGGGAUCAUGAUGGUGAUGGGAGUACAAAAGUUAAUUUCCGUGGGCAAUCACAAUCGCUUUAUGCAAAGAAAGGUGUGUUUGAUUAUUUUAAUAUAACCUUUAACUUAUUUGAGAAAAUAAAUACUUUUGAAUUUUUAGAGAAACAUGAUAUUAUACCAAGCGUUGAGAAUCGAUAUAGCAAAAGUCAAAUUGAAAAAGCUUUAAAGAAUGAGUUCCAGAAUAGAGAUGUUUUCAUUAAUUGUGAUAGUAAUAAUGUUUUAAAUGAGGUAUGGUAUUAUCAUUUAUUAAAUGGUACAAUUUUAAACAAGGAUUUUAUUCCAAUUGAUUCCAUUAGGAGAUUACAAUUCUCAAAAUGUAAAGAAGAGGGCAUUAAGUUUUACCCCAAAGGUUAUCUUCCAUCUGGAGAUGGUGAUAAAGGCCCUUCAAAUCCGUCCAAGCUAAGAGGAAUAAUAAAGGUUGAUAAUCUACAUGAAAAUAAUGAUGACGACACUCGAGGGUUUUUAAUAAGAGAUGGGAAAUGGAUGAUGAAAGGUACACCAGCUAAUUUUGAAAUUAUCAAAUCAACAUUUGGUAAUUAUAAUUUGAAAACACGUCAUGGAUAUUGUACCGUGGAUGAAGGGAAAAGCAAUGAAUUGACCUGUCACCAAAAAAAUGUUAAAUAUGCUAGUCAAUUUGAUUUCGAAAAGGAUGAGAAAACCGGUUUAAAUUAUAUCGGAUAUUCAGGACUAUAUGAUUGGGGGGCGGUUUCUAAACCAUCCGGACGUGUAAGGAAACCUAUAUUUUUGUAUAAUGACAAAGAUGAAGGGACUGACUUGAAAAUGAAGUUUAAAUUGAGAUUUGUGGAAACAUGA